AUGGAUAAUGAAGAGAUUGUAAAAAAAUAUUUGAAGAAUAUUAAAAAUAAGAAAUUAGUUGAAAUAAUAUUAGAAUAUAGAGAUAUAUUUGAAAACAGUAUGGCUGAAACAAGAGAAUUUGGUAAAAAUGGAAAUGGUUAUGAUGAUAAUAAUGAAAUAAGAAAACAAAAUGAAAAAUUAUUAGAAAAUAAAAAAAUUAGAUUAUUUAAAGAAGAAGUUUCAUAUGUAAAUUAUAUAGUAGUAUCAAAGAAGAGAGGACAGUUACAAAUAUGUCAUAAUUUUCUAAGAAAAUAUGUGAUUGCAUUAAAUUUGGUUAAUGGAUAUUUUUAUAUGAAAAUGAAAAAUGAAUUAUCAGAAAAAUUAUAUGCAUUUAUUACUAAAGAAAAAGCAUUUACACCAAUGUUUGGAAUUAAAAAUGCAUCAAAAUAUUUCAAAUUUACUGAUAUUACAUAUGGCAAAUUAUUAAUUAUUGAUGAUUGUGAAGAUUGUUUUGAGAUUGAUGUAUGA